AUGGCUGAGAACAUGAUUGACGGCAAGUUUGCACACGGCAGCACGCGGCCACCGAGCGGCAACCAGGUCCUGCCUCUAUUCUCUCUCAAGGGAAAGACGGCCAUCGUGUCAGGGGCCGCCGCCGGCAUCGGCCAGGCGAUUGCACAGGGCUUUGCUGAAGCCGGCGCGAACGUUGCGAUAUGGUACAACAGCAACAAGAAGGCGAUCGAGAGGGCGGUAGACAUCUCGAGGACUUAUAACGUUAAAGCCACAGGCAAAGCAUACCAGGUCAACGUGACGUCGUACGAGGCAGUGCAGGCUGCCGUUGACAAUAUCGUCGCGGAAUUUGGCGGGCGGCUCGACAUCUUCGUGGCCAAUUCAGGGGUAACAUGGGAGGACGGCCCGAUGCUCGACGGCAAGGUCGAGCACUACCGACGUGUUGUCAAUACUAACCUUGACGGCACCUACUAUUGCGCGCGGGCGGCGGGGACGCACUGGUGGCGGCAGCGGAAGGAAGGGACAACGGUCGACGGCCAGGAGCUCGGGGCCAGCUACCGGGGCGGCAGCUUCAUUGCGACGGCGAGCAUGAGCGGCCACAUUGCCAACAUUCCGCAGCUCCAGGCGCCGUACAACGCCUCCAAGGCCGGCGUCAUCCACCUUUGCAAGUCGCUCGCCGUCGAGUGGGUGGGCUUUGCUCGAGCCAACUCGGUCUCACCCGGCUACAUCAACACCGAAAUCUCGGCCUUUUGUUCGGCCGAGACCAAGCAGACCUGGCUGGACAAGAUUCCAAUGGGGCGCGAAGGUGAACCUAACGAGCUCAAAGGCGCAUACCUAUACCUCGCCUCAGACGCGUCGUCUUACACCACGGGCAUCGACCUUCUCGUCGAUGGUGGCUACUGUGCCCCGUGA